AUGCUAUACAUUUUUAUUUUUGUACUUUUUUCGGUUCCUAAAACAGUUCUUUCUGCUUGCGAUGUUUGUGAACAAUAUUGUAAGUUUUUUGAGUCAAGGAAAAUACUGAUCAGCUUUCAUUAAGCAAAAACUCCAACUUGGCAAUCAAUAAAUGACAAAUUUGAAUUCGGAUGUCCAGAUGGUUGGCAAACUUUUAAUAGAACACGUGGAACAUAUUGCAUGAAAUUUUUCAACGCUAGUUAUCCACAAUAUCUUGCGGCUGCUCAAUGUAUUUUAUCAGAUGGAUUUUUACCUGGAAUUGAAUCUGAAACUGAAUGGACCUGGAUCGUUUGUAAGUAAAUACAUAUUUUUGACACGUGUAUAUAAUAAAAUAAGUUUUUCAGCCAAUGUUUCGGCAUAUCUUACGGCAAAUAGUAUAACAGUUGGUUAUGUUUGGGUUGGUGGAUCUCGAAUUCCAGCAUGUUCAUAUAAUAUGUCAGGUUCUACAUGGUGUUUAGGGUGCGUAAAGAUUACCCGGCGCUAAACAUUUCUUCGGGUAAUUUUUAUGCACCUUUUUUUUAGUGCCAACUCGAAUGCUUUUAUCUGGGGAGAUUAUUAUUUGACUGGACCAUCAACUAUUCUUGACAAAUAUUUGACUGCUGAUAAUGGAGGGGGGUGAGUAUAAACACUUUUGUAACAGUAUUCAAAAUACCGCAAUAUUUUCAGUGGUAUUCAGAAUUCUAUAAUUUUGAGAGUAAAUGUGGGUGUGAGUGCAUCUUUAGAUGAUCUUUCGUAAGUUUUCUCGUAGUUUCAGCCUUCUCAAUGAUUUAUAUUCCAGUUCAAACUUGGCUGAAGGUUCACUUUCACCAACUGGUUAUAUGUGUGGAAAGCCAGCGGAUAUCAUAGGAUUGAAACCGACAUGUUCAACUUCUUGA